AUGCAACAGACGGCCCGGGAUGAAGGCAGGCACUCCUGGCAGGAGCCGCUCGGGAGCGUCAGUCUCCCCUUCCGCUGCCCGCGAUGCGGCGACCACACCAGGUUCCGCAGCCUCUCCUCGCUGCGGGUGCACCUGGAGUACAGCCACAACUACGAGGAGAGAAGCCUCUUGAGCAAAAGCAGCCUGUUCUCGCCCCUGAAGGACGUGGAGCUGCUCUCCCCACCGGAGUCCGCCGCCCAGGGCAGCCUGGGGAGCCCCGGCAGCGCCGUACAGCAGAGGGGUUCCUACCUGAAUUUCUGCGAGGCGUCCUGCGAGAGCUCGAAGCGCGGGCAGGCUCUAGAGGUGGAAGCCGAGCGGCCCGGCUCCUAUGUUGCGAACUAUGUGUCGGCUGAGUCGCCCAACGAGCACAUACCCAAAACCGGCCUCCCGGGCGCUGACUCCAAAGCCUCUUUCGAGGCGCACGUUAGAGAAAAGUUUAACAGGAUGGUAGAGGCCGUGGACAAAACGAUCGAGAAGCGAAUCGACAAGCUUACCAAAGAGCUGGCCCAGAAGACGGCAGAGCUGCUGGAGGUGCGGGCAGCUUUUGUGCAGCUGUCCCAGAAGAAGCAGGAGGUGCAGCGCCGGGAGCGGGCCCUGAGCAGGCAGGUGGACGUGGCGGUGGAAAUGAUCGCGGCCUUGAAGCAGCGCCUCAGCGAGUCCGAGGAGGAGCUUCACCGCAGAGAGGAAGAAGUUGUCACUUUCAACCACUUCCUGGAGGAAGCAGCAGAAAAAGAAGUGAGGGGAAAAGCCAGGCUCCAGCACUUCAUCGAGAACCUGUUGCAGCGCGUGGAUCUGGCAGAGAGGCAGCUAGAAUAUUACCAAAAUCAGCAGAUGGUGUGCACCCACACUGACAUCAGCGAGCACGUGGUAAGCCAGCAAAAUCCUUCCCUUCGUUGUCACCCACCAUCAGAGGGAAAAUGUAAUAUUAGUAACUUGUUUCUGUUUUCUUUGCAGUUUACAGACAUUUCAUUAAAUAAGAAACCCAGAUGCCUGAGCCGAGGAAGUCAGCAUGCUUCAUAUAACAUCCCUGACACAAAGCCUCAUUCCUUUCAAAAAGGAAGAAUUUUGUUGAAAAAAGCAAAGGAUGAAAAAAACAGCUUGCAGCCAGUGAAAUGCUUCCAUGAACCUAUUGAUUGCUCAAGAGAAAUCUGGAGAGUCCAAAAGAAAGGUGAACCAGUCUCCUCUGCCAGGAAAGUGAGCACAAAAUCAAAGAUGGGUAAAAAGGCAAAAGCGCUAUAG